AUGUUAUAUUUAUUGCGUAUUGUUCUUUUCUUGAGUUUUGUUGCAACUGCAUCGGCAGUAGCAAACAAUUCCUAUGACAACUGCCUUCAGCUAACUGCCAAAUUCGCUCGAACACUUACAAACGGACCGGUUGCUGAUAUUCGAAUGACAACAGGCGUCAAUGUCACAUGCUCACAGCUCAGCAACAUCUCGUGUCCUGGUCAAAUGGUCAAUGGAGUUUGUACCUAUCAACAAAAACUGGCUCUCACCUGCAUCAACGGCUCAACAGUUCGUAUUCGGGUUCAGUCCAAUGGUUUGCCAAGACGAUGCUCUUUGGUACCGCUAACCGCACGAAUCGUCGAACUGAACAUUGACUUCGAAGUAAACUUCAAUCCUGACGUGAGUGUUAAUUCACCCGUUCAAUCACCGACCAGUAUUGGAGAUGUUAGCAAUCUGUUGUGUAACAUUACAAAUCACGCGAGCGUUCCAGCAACAUCCAAUUUUGUUAAAAACACGACUAUGGCAGCAAUGGAUGUGAUCGCAGGUGUUGCCGUUGAUGGUGUAAGUAUUUUCAAUGUGAAUAGUGCCAAUCUGGUCGAUCCGUUUUUCCCCAAUCCAACAAGUUACGCAGCAGAAGGCGCUGAUCAAUGCUUAUCACAUCCAGGUGGAGGCGGUGAGCUACAUUAUCAUGUUGCUAGUGGAUGUAUGGUGAAUCCACCGUCGGGUAAUUUAACAGGCUGUGGGCCAGACAUUGGAUGCUUGAAUAAUGUAGCAAACUACUCGGUUCAGAUGUUUUCCUCUAAUCAAACGUUGACAGUGAUUGGUAUUGCGAAAGAUGGCCACAUCAUUUAUGGUCCAUAUUUAUCGAGUGGGGUUCGAGUGACAUCAGGCUUUGAUGUGUGUAACGGUAUGUUCCAUGAUUCUGUUGGUAACUAUGGAUAUUUUGCAACGAGCACAUAUCCAUACGUGACUGGUUGUUUUGGACCAGGAAACUAUCCUAAUGCGAUGCCAAAUUGCACAACAAAUCCAGCGACUGCUUACACAAAAUCGACCUAUGCAGCUUCGUUUACAACAUCGUCGUCUACUGCUGCAGGUACAGCAUCAUCAUCAACUGCAGCAAUGGCAUCAUCAUCAUCUUCGUUAUCAACAUCGGCAGUAGGAUCUUCAACGUCAUCUGGAGCAGGUGGAUCUCCAGCAUCAUCGUCAACUGCAGCAAUGGCAUCAUCAUCAUCUUCGUUAUCAACAUCGGCAGUAGGAUCUUCAACGUCAUCUGGAGCAGGUGGAUCUUCAGUAUCAUCGUCGACAAGUGGAGCAAUGGCAUCGUCAUCCUCGACCGGUAGAUCGGCAACCUCGUCGGCAGCAACAGCAUCUUCAUCAGCUGGAUCGAGUGCGUCUUCAUCGUCGACCGCUAGAUCGACAGUAUCAUCAUCUUCGACAGUUAGAACCACAAGUACAAGCUCUAGCGAUAAAACAAGCCAUAGCUCCUGGGCAAUUCUCAGUUUAUUCUUAUUUAUUAUGUUGCCUAUUAUUCAUUGA